UGUUAAUAAAAUUAAAUUUGAAUUGAAUAUUAGUCCAAAGGUACAGGUUCAAGUUCAACGCCAACAUUGGAGGCAUUUCAAGCAACAAAGAGGAAAGAAAGGGCAUCUAAUUUUAGACCGAAAGGAAAUACGGCAAAGCGUUAAUGGCAAUGAUACCAGUGGAGAAGUUGCAAUAAAUUUCGGGAUGAUGUUCUACGAUGGAAAUCAGUUAAAACCUCAAAGAUCGGCGAAUUUAUCAGUGAAAGUACCAAAGGUUUCAACCAAAGAUGAAUUGCUGGCGACUGGUUUGGCCAAACACAAAGCUCACUCAAAGAACUUAAUCAAAGACAAUAUCAAAUACGUUUUGCUGUACCCUGCUGGUUCACUCGUUGAUAAAUUGGGAGAAAGUGAUGAGAGAUUUGUACUGUACAAGUACAAGAAUGAAUACGGUAAAGCAUACCAGCGUAUAAAUUUUUACAUUUGUCCUUCCCAUGACUAUGAUGACCAUACCAUUAACGGAUUAGGUGAUCUUUGGGUUGAGUCGGAUGAAGGUGACAUAGAAGCAGUUAACAGUGAUACUGAAAUUGUUGAUUUAACAUGUAAUAGAAAGCAAAUUAGGAGAACAUCUUCAACUGUGACAACAGCAGACAAUUUGUCAACUAUUUUAACUGUAUCAAACCCUGUUAAUACUGCAAUCAAUGUAACAACCGAGCAAAGUGGAGCCUGCUCGACU